UUCACGAUACAAAAUAUUAUGAAAAUGCCGAAGGCCGAGCUAGUGUUAGUCCCAACCCCAGGGACUGGCCACUUAGUCUCAGCCGUCGAAUUCGCCAAGCUCGUCAUCAAAAAUGACAAGCGCAUCUCAAUCUUAGUUAUAGUCUUUCACAUGCCAAUGCAUAAUUCCGCCACCAUCGAUGCCUAUAUCGAGUCUCAAUCCCAUGAAGUCGAUUCCGACUACAUUACGUUCCUUACACUACCGCCUUUGUCAAGCCCACCGGAUCCUGCUUCUAGCGGCUUCUUCAGUGCAAUCAUCGACCUUCAAAAGCCUCUCAUCAAGCAAGCCGUUAAGGAUCGGUCUAGAAAACCGGCUGCAUUCGUGUUUGAUCUCAUGUGUGUCAACUUUAUCGACAUUGCUAAGGAGCUUCAAGUCCCUUCUUAUGUGUACUUUACUGCGGGUGCAUCACUUUUGAAUCUCAUGUUUUAUCUCCAAGAACGUUUCGAUGAAAAGGGUGUUUGUAUUGGUUCCGAAUUUAGUUACUCGGAUGAUGUCGAGUUAGACCUACCAGGGUUUAAGAACCGGGUGCCGGCUAAAGCAUUGCCUAUGUUGCUUUUCGAUAAGGAUAGUGAGUGUCCAACUUUUUUCGACGAUUUAACUCGGAAGUUUCGAGAAACUAAGGGAAUACUAGUCAAUACUUUCACGGAGUUGGAACCCGGUCUUAUUCGAAGUUUGCAUGAUCAUGACAAGAUUCCAACAGUUUACCCCAUCGGUCCUAUUCUAGCCCUCGAGGAAAAUAGUCGUGGCGGUCCAAGGGAGGAUGAUCGAGCCUCGAUCAUGAGGUGGUUGGACGAGCAACCUACUUCCUCGGUGGUGUUCCUAUGCUUUGGUAGCAUGGGAAGCUUCGACGAGGAGCAAGUAAAGGAGAUAGCAAAUGGGUUAGACCGGUCCGGCCAUCGUUUCUUGUGGUCGUUACGUAGGCCAUAUUCUGAGAGUAAGCAUGUGCUUCCUAGUGAAAAUGAGACCUUCGAUGAUGCCCUCCCUCAAGGGUUCUUGGAUCGGACGGCCCAUCGAGGGAAAAUAAUCGGGUGGGCCCCACAAGUUCAUGUGCUCGCUCAUCGAGCUAUAGGUGGGUUCGUGUCUCAUUGUGGAUGGAACUCGGUACUAGAAGGCAUGUGGUUCGGAGUCCCGAUUGCCACAUGGCCGAUGUACUCGGAGCAACAGCUAAAUGCAUUUGAACUAGUAAAAGAAUUUGAAGUUGCUGUUGAGAUUAGGAUGGAUUAUCAAAGGAAUUUGAUGAAAAAAGUUGCAAAUUUUACGGUAACAGCUGAUGAGGUGGAAAAUGGUGUGAGGAAAUUGAUGAGUUUGAAUGAGUCAAUGAAGGGUAGAAUACAUGAGAUGAGGAACAAAAGUAGGAAGGUUUUAGAAUGUGGUGGAUCUUCUCAUACUUGGUUGACUCGAUUUAUUGGAGAAGUUUUAGAAAGUGUAGCCAUCAAUUAAGAAAAAAAAUACAGUUAAAUAGUAGACUAUUAAGUAGUAGUUGAGUUUUGUACUAGUCUUAAAUAAUUUACGUUUUUUUUUUUUUUUUUUUUUUUUCCUACGGAUAAAUCUAGU